AUGUCUAAGUUUCUCGCCUUUGCUACUUCCACUCUACUCCCUUUAAUUGCUCUGCCAAUUAUGUAUUGGGUUAUAAAAAACCUUCCCAAAACUAAACCAAAGAGAACAAAAACCAACCUUGUUUUGUAUGUUCAUGACAACUUCAGCGGGCAUGACACUUCUGCCGUAACAGUGGCUGGCUGUAAUGGGCCGACGACGAGCGUGUUGAAGUUUGGGACUCUAGUUGCGGUGGAUGAUCCAGUUACUGAAGGCCCAGAUCGGGAUUCCAGAGAAAUAGGGAGGGCUCAAGGUUUGUACAUCAAUUCCCAGAUGGAUGGGAAGGGUCUGCAUUUGGUGUUCUCUGUGGUAUUCACCGAAGGAGAAUACAAAGGGAGCAGUUUGGAGAUUCAAGGCCCUGAUCCUUUUUCCGUUAAGGAAAGGGAGUUUUCUGUUGUUUCCGGGACUGGGUUUUUCAGAUUUGUCAGAGGGUAUGGAAUUAUGACUACUGAGUUCAUUGAUAUACCUAAUUUGAGGGCCAUUCUUAAACUUGAUGUCACUGUUAAGUAUGAUUCUGACGAAUGA